AGGUCAGGGUUUACAGUUUGACGAUAUCUAUGGAAGAGAUAGGACGAGCUGAAAAUCAUUUUUCUGAUUCUUCCCGAUUUUACUUGACUUUUACCGACGUAAAAUAGAGGACUUUCCCUCAUUGUGCACUGACUCUAUGUGAAUACCCAUAAGGUGCACUCCCGAUCUCUCUUGGAGGAAAACUAGCUAUAAUUGAUUCCCACACGUUUUGGAUGAAUAAGAGAUAGCAGCUCGACUAGACACGCAAAGUUUUUUGUAUCUUGCUUUUGGUUGAUAAGCGUGUUCUCGUGUUGUACAUAUUUUUUGCGUUGAUUAUGACCUGUUAAUGGAGCCAAAGCCAUCUUCACGAUUACAUGAACAUAACUAAGAAGAGAAAAUGUCGUUAAUGAUCGUGCUACCAUCUUCGGAUGCAUAAGGAGCGCCUUCCCACGACGGAACUAUGACUUGACAGGGUAUUGGCGAUCUGUGACUUGACAGGGUCCAGCUGUUCCGCGAACUGUGACUUGACCGGGUCUUGUAGAGCUGUUCGCACGAAUUGUUAGUUGACGGGGUCUUGGCGAACUGAGUGUGACCUGUCGAAGGGUGACUUGUCCGAACUGUGACUUGUCGAAGUGUGACUUGUCCGAACUGUGACUUGUCGAAGUGUGACUUGACCGAACUGUGACUUGUCGAAGUGUGACUUGUCCGAACUGUGGCUUGACCGAGCUGUGACUUGUCGAGCUUGCCUGUGGCUGCAAGUCGCCUUGACGCUGGAGCUAUUACCUUAUCAGCUUCCACAGUCAUGACGGGCAGUAAGAAAGGAAAUUCGCCGCAGAAACGCGGGAUGCUGUUUGCAGAGAGAAGAGAUCCCACACUAAGUCGAUCUUCCUCAUUCUCUAUGGGUGGGAGGUAUCCACGGGAAAUAGACAAGCUGGCAUCCAAUAAUCCUUUUUUCCAACAGGGGACGCAUCGAGCAGAGUAUGGAGAGGAGUUACUCACUCACGCGAGAGGUUUUGAUCGAGCUUCGCAGGACGCUCUAAGAGCACAAGGAAGGCAAUGGAAAGCCACGCCAGGGCCGGGAGCGUAGUUUUUAUGUUUGCUUUCACGCAUGUAGAGAAGGCAACUCUUUUUUGGUUCAAGGUUUACCUGAUUAUGUUUGCUUUCACGCAUCAAACUUCGACGAAGAAGCAUCUUCUAAAUGUAAAUCAUGAUAUUUUACGAAGAUCAUCAGUCGCUUUAUAGCCAGGUUUCCUUAUGCAACUUCUUUCCUGGGCAGCUGCUCCGGAGAACUUGUCGAGUUGGGGCUGUGAAGACAGCUUUUAUGCAGGAUCGAUUAGAAAAGACAGUUCUCCUCCCCUCUUUCCAGGUAUAGAACGCAGCGGGUCAUAGGAGAGACGCAGUUAGGCGAUAAUGCGAGUAUUGCAGCAACAAGGAUAUACAAGGAGCCAAGCUGGCAAUUUGGCAAAGGUCCAAUGUGCACUUACAUGCGUGACCAAGCAGGAACUAGCUGGAAUUCUCCGGGACCAGGAUCGUAUACGAAAAUUAACCGCAGCAUAUUUAUAUGUGGAAAUAUUUGAUUACUUGACUUACUCGACUUGUUUGCGAAUUACCUACAACCCGAAACUCAGAGGUGAUAUUUUUUCCAAAAAACCUCCACCUCGUCAUUACCAGAUAUCGUACAUGGAGUCACUUCGUCCCGGAAGGAAAACAAGUGCCUAGAUUCACGAGUCCGGCGGUAUCGCAGGACGAAAUGUGUUCACCGAACUUACCACGCUCGAUGAGCGUCACAAUACCAAUAAAGUAUUGUUUCGUGUGUGUUUUCUCGAUGAGAAAACGUCCAUACCUGAUUACUUCGCUGCCGCUAUUCAUAUUAUCAAGUAAAGUCUCUAUCUGCAGAAUUUUUUUAUCGUUGAGCAAGAGAGAUCAAUGUAGAAAAAUAUUGUCCGAUGAACCUUCAUCCCACCCAACAGGACCGUGAACGAUACGGACAGGCUAGCAAGUUGCAAUCCGCUCUUCCCUAAUGGAACACAUCGGGCGAAUUAUGGCGAGACUUUCCUGACAAAUGGGAGAAUACGCGAUGACAAAACCAUCGACGCUCUGACAGCGCAGGGACGUCAUUGGAAGCAGACUCCGGGUACAUACAUUUUGUUCCUAAAGUUAGAAGGACUAGCAGGCCGAGUAUUCCAUCCACUUGUGGAUGGUGCACUUAUAGUUUUCCUUCGCUCUCCAAGUAAAGUUAGAAUUUCUUAACGCGCAUAAGCUGAAAUAGUGGUUAGAAAUGAAAACGAACAACGCACUUCGUGCGUAGAAGAGCAGCUGAUGGAGAAAGUAGACUCUUCUGUUGUAAUACUUUGGAUUUUUCUACUUCUACAACAACCCAGGUGCCGGCACUUACCGAACACCUGUUGCUAUUGCGGAUCCCGGUGUGAAUAUCGUUGCAGGCGAAACUAAACUCGAUCGUAACCGCAUUUACCAUGAGCCAGCCUGGAAAUUCGGCACUGGUGCGCAGAUCGCUUUCGAUACCAUGCCUGGCGUCGUUGUGGAUAGCCCAGGGCCGUGCGCAUACUCUAAGUAUGUUGACAUUCAGUGAUUACAUGGCUGACAUCUUCAUCAAUCGCCCCGCGAGAAAGAUGUAUACUUGAUAUUAGCAUGCCAAUGUGGUUGAUGUAUUCUUACACAUUAACGCGGGUUACUAGAAGUAGGAGAAGUGUUAUUUUUUGAUACUUUCUCUGUCACCUGGAUCUGCACAAUCAUGAACAAUUAUACAAAAAAUGGACACAACUGUUACACGAUACUCUCAUCUCUUGAAUCUUUCUUGAAUAGACACUCUUUCUCUCUCUUUCUUGAAUAUUUGCAUACACGACCAUAGCAUAAAUGAACAUGUGCCUCCGAGUGCCUCCGAGCACCGAAAUCAACAUGACUCUUGUUUUAUUCAGCUGAAAGUCAACACGCGAUACGACCACAUCAACAUUUAUCAUGAUGCACAGAAGGACGAGGUGUGCACAGCUACGGUAAGGUCGUAAAAUUCAUCGCGCAUAGUGGCUUUCAUGGACAACUGUUUGCACUUUCUAAUUUCUUGGGCUAACUGUGACUUCAGAUCACUGGAAAGUGAAUUAAUAAAUGCAAGGAAAGGCAACCCGUCUCGCAAUGCAUCUUGAAUAACGUUGUACCUGCAGUAGACCCCAGCAUGCGAAUUUUUACCUA